AUGGUUGCCGCCAAGAAGCACGUCCCGAUCGUCAAGAAGCGCACGAAGACCUUCAACAGACAUCAGGCCGACCGGUUCGACCGUCUGUCUUCGAAAUGGCGCAAGCCUAAGGGUAUCGACAACCGUGUCCGCAGACGGUUCCGGGGCAACACUGCCAUGCCCUCGAUCGGCUACGGCUCCAACAAGAAGACCCGCCACAUGAUGCCCUCCGGCCACAAGGCUUUCCUCGUCAGCAACGCCAAGGACGUUGAGCUUCUCCUCAUGCACAACCGCACCUUCGCGGCCGAGAUCGCCCACAACGUCUCGUCGAGGAAGCGGGUCGACAUCAUCGCCAAGGCCAAGCAGCUCGGCGUCAAGGUCACCAACCCCAAGGCCAAGGUCACCACCGAGAUCUAA